UAAUUAAUAUUCCGUCGCGGUCAUGACCAAGACGACGAAGAAAGACGACGACAAAGCCCGGCCCGCUUCCAGGCAAGAAGAAGAAGAAGAAGAUGCCUUCUUCGUCCUUCCAACGCCUUCUCACCAAACAUCCGAUGUCCCCUCCACCUUCUCUCGUUCCCCUAUAUAUACUGCCGUGAGUAGUUCCAUCACCAAGCUCGUGCGCAUUCCUCCACCUAGCUAGCUUCCCGGCCGCCUUCUUCUUCUUCUUCUUCUUCUCCGGCUUGCCCCUGCUAAGAAUCUUGAACGCUUUCUCCUGCUGAUUCGAUUUGAUUCCUCGAGGCCCAAUUAACAACGGCGGCGGCGGCCAUGGAUGAGCAGUGGGCGACGACCGGGCAGCAGCCUUCCCUGAGCCUGGGCCUCACCGUCGGCGCCGUGCCCAUGAGGCGGGCCGCUGCGCCGGCGGCCACCACCAGGGUUCUCGUCGAGGAGGACUUCAUGUCCGUCAAGAAGGGCAACCACGAGGUCGAGGCGCUGGAGGCGGAGCUGCGGCGCGUGGGCGAGGAGAACCGGCGGCUGGGCGAGAUGCUCCGCGCGCUCGUCCACAAGUACGCCGACUUGCAAGCCAAGGUCACCGCCAUGGCGGCGGCCGCGGCGGUGCAAGCGGAAGCCAAUAACAACAACCACCAGCAGUCGUCGACAACCGCGUCCGAGGAGGGCGGCGGCUCCGCGGCGUCCCCGUCCAGGAACAAGCGCGUCCGCAGCGACGACGGCAGCGGCGCCGGCGCCGGAUUCGUCACCGUCGCCGCCGUCGCCGACCACACCGAGUGCACGUCCGCCGCCGCCGCCGUCAAGGUCAACAGCGGCAGCAAGGUGUCCCGGCGCUUCGUCCACGCCGACCCCGCCGACCUCAGCCUCGUGGUGAAGGACGGGUACCAAUGGCGGAAGUACGGGCAGAAGGUGACCAAGGACAACCCGUGCCCCAGGGCCUACUUCCGGUGCUCCUUCGCGCCGGCGUGCCCCGUCAAGAAGAAAGUGCAGCGCAGCGCCGACGACAAGGCGCUGCUCGUCGCCACCUACGAGGGCGACCACAACCACGCCCAGCCGCUCGCCACCGGCACAGCCGCCAAGAACUCCGCCUCCAAGCCCGCGCCGCCGCUCGGGCUGCAAGAGCAGCAGCGGAAGCAGCAGCAGGAGGCGGCGGCGAUGGCGGCGGAGCGGGAAACGGCGGAGAGGAAGAACCUGGCGGAGCAGAUGGCGGCGACGCUGACGAGGGACCCGGGGUUCAAGGCGGCGCUCGUCUCCGCGCUCUCCGGCCGGAUCCUCGAGCUCUCACCGGCAAACAACUGAUAGAGAGAGAUCCGGCCGUUGAGGGAUCAGGAGAGAUUAACUGUAUAUAAUUACUCGAUUAGCUCUGCAUGCUGCAUAGAAUUGUGCGACAUUUUUAGUAGCAGUAGGUUAAAGAUUACACAUUCCUGAGGAGGGAUUGAUAUUACAUUUUUCAUUAUUCCUGUAAUCUCGGCAAUCAAUUGAUCCAUUUAUUAGGAGAGAACCCGGUUAUUCGAACAGAAAAUUGUUGCUAUAUAUUCUUGGAGAGCAAUGUAAUCAGUGGCGGAGCCGGAAACUGUAAAAGAAUGGUGCUAAAAUAGGACUAAUGGUGCUAAACUUGUGGAUUUUCCAUACUUAUAAACAAAAUACUUAAUA